AUGCACUCGCUGUCUCCGUUCCAGCCAACAGCAGCUAGCCUGCCUCCAAAAGGCGCCACGUAUCUGCAAAAGCAGGUUCAAGGGAUCUCCGUCAACCAUCAUGCCCUCAAUCCUCUCUCGUUCAUCCUGCGUGCAGCUACUGUCUAUCCGGACCGCAUAGCGCUCCUUCACCCGGAUGUCAAAUAUCCCGUUCAAUACACCUUUCGCGUCUGGGCACAGAGGAUCCAGAACCUCGCAUAUGCUCUCAUUGAAGCUGGUAUCAAUCCCGGGGACAGGGUUGCAGUCAUAGCUCCCAACUGCCCGAUGAUAGCCGAUGCUCACCACGGUGUCCUCGGUGCCCGUGCCAUCUUCACCCCUAUCAACACCCGCCUCACACCUCCCGAAGUCGCGUAUAUCCUAGAGCACAGCGGAGCGAAGCUCAUCCUUGUUGACCAAGAGUGUACCCAUCUCAUUCGCGGGACGACUAUACCCACUAUCGUCAGUAAUGAUACUGGUAGGGACGAUGAUCCCUAUGAAGCCUUUUUGGCAAGCGGAAGACGCUUCAGUAGGGAGAGAGGCUGGAUGGGCUUAGACGUAGAGCGGGACGAGGACGCGGGUGCUGUUCUCAAUUACACGUCCGGAACGACGGGGAAGCCAAAGGGCGUGCUCACGACCUUGCGAGGAUCUUACCUUGCUGCUGUAGGAAAUGUAGUAGAGGGACAGAUGAACAAGGAGUCUACAUAUCUUUGGAUUCUUCCGAUGUUCCACGCCGCGGGAUGGACUUAUCCAUGGGCAAAUGUGUUCGCCUGCGCAAAACAGGUCACGAUCAGAAGUGUUGAUUACAAUGCAAUUUGGAGACACUUCCUCCACUCAAGGGUCACUCACUAUUGUGCAGCUCCUACUGUGCAGAUUGGCAUCGUGAACCACCCGGAUGCUCGACCGCUACCACAGCCUGUGACUGCCAUUAUUGCCGGGGCGGCUCCUACUGCGCAGUUGAUUGGUCAGCUCGAGCAACAAGGUAUCAAACCAGUUCACGUCUAUGGCCUAACUCAGACCUACGGUCCGUUUACACGAUGCUACGACCAAGAUUCGUGGUCGUCGCUCUCACUCGAGGACAGGGCAAAGCUCAUGGCACGCCAGGGCCAGAGCUUCGCCACUGCCCAGGAAGUUCGCGUGGUGUAUCCACCACGGCACGAUAAUGACCAGGAACUCAUUGACGUGCCGAGGGAUGGGAACACCGUGGGUGAGAUUGUCACCCGUGGCAACAUUGUCAUGAAGGAGUAUUUCCGCGAUCCGGACGCGACGAAGAAAGCUUUCAGAGGCGGCUAUUUCAACUCUGGGGAUCUUGCGGUAAUGUACCCAGACGGCGUCGUUGCUAUCAUGGACAGGAGUAAGGACCUCAUCAUAUCUGGUGGAGAGAACGCAUCCAGCUUAGCUAUUGAACAAGAACUUGCUGCUCAUCCGGAUGUCCUCGAGGUUUCCGUCGUGGCGAGAGCCCAUGAAAAGUGGGGCGAGCGGCCGAUGGCCUUUGCAAUCUUACACCCUGAGCGCAGUUCCAAGUGGGAAGGAAAUCACGACGCAUUCGUUGCUGACCUCAAGAAGCAUGCUCGCACCCGUCUACCAGGCUUCGCGACCCCGGAGUGGGUGGAGGUCGUUCAAGAGCUUCCGAAAACAUCCACGGGCAAGAUCCUCAAGACCGCAUUGCGCAAGCGGGUAGCCAAGUUGUGAUAAAUUGCUGGUGGUAAAUAACAUGCACUGCAGUUGAUAUAAUGUGAAUAAUAUGCUGUGGAAACAAUUCCUAUAUGCUCGUGUAAUAAGAUAGCCGAACCAAGCGUCCGUGACGGUGGUCGUGAUCAUGACGUUUCCGGGCCAAGUCGUAAUAUCCUAAAUGCCCCUGCGUUGCGCUCGCAGAAAUAAAUCUCGUCCUCCUUGCGACCCAUGAAAAGGAACGCGUCCGCAGACUCGAGUUCGCUGUCGGUGGUGCCUCCAAAUUCGGAGCGAGAGGGAGACUUGCCGGGCGUAUGAUUUGGCUUCUUGCCUCCUUUCAUUCUCUGCGUCAGUGCCGCCGCCGGAUUCGACGACGAUGCAAUCGGAGUUCCGAUCUUCCACACGAACGGGCUGCGGCGGUUGGUGUUCGAUGGCGGGGGUGUGUAAUUAGGGAGAAGGGUACGAGACUCGUCCGCGGGCUUCAACAGUGCAUCACCAAAGUCCAUGGCUUCCAACCCGCCCUGUCUCAUGGCAACAAUGACGGAGCGUUCCUUGACAUCAAAGGCUUCCAGUCGCUUCACAUCGCCCAUUUUGAACACGGACUUGGAGUCAUCCUCAGGAUCUGCGCUCCACACAAACUUGCCCUUGAUGAUAGAACGCCCACGAGCAUCCACGAUGGAUGUGCUGUGACCACCCCGAGUAGAGAAGAACAACGCAGGGGGACCAAAAUGCCGAGGCUGCACGAGGAGCGAUAUUGGGGCAAGCAGGGGCUUGGAAGCAUGAGGCAUGGGCAAAGCUGUUUGAGUAGUGACGGGCGGUGCGGCAGUUCGGAAGGGAUGCACGGGAUCUAUGCACUGUUGCCGGAGUUCCCUUAGGAGUAUGUAGUCUUCGUCCUCUUCCUUGCGCACCGGUAGAUCUGGAGGAAGCAAACCCUCUUUGUACCAUGACUGCAUUAAAGUCGCUUUCCAUGGACCGUGAAUAUUGCCCUUGGGAUCCUUGUAGAACCACUUACACGGCGGCGAGGGAGCAGGCAUGGGUAAACCAGGAGGUGAAAAUUGGAUGCUAGCAAGGUCGUUGACGCUCGUGUCCGGUUCAAACUCAGAGCGAUAGUCAAGGAAAUCGGGAUAAGUGGGUGGUAUAAUAUAAUCGUCUGCGAUUGAAGCGAGCGGGAACUUGGGAGCAAACGAGAGCUGCUGGAAGGUCGUGUAAGGGCCUACCUGAGCAGAAGCCAAUGCUACUAACUCCUCGGCGUGAGCCAGAGCGGAGCCAUGUGUGCUACCCGUUGGCGUGUUGGUCGCAUCUGUUAACUGAAUAUCGGAGUUACUAGGGCGAUCUUCCGCGGGAUGAGGAGGGGUUAAUCCGAUACUGAUGUUGACGUUGGUCUCUUCGUCCUCCGCGGGUGGUGGAUCUGUAUCAAAGACAUCGUUGUUUUGUCCUGAGCGAAUUUCCCUGACUCUCCGACGCGCUGCUCUGCGUUCAGCUCUCCCAAUUCGGACCUCGCGAACUCUGACCGUGGCAGGCUCCAGACCAAAUACGUUCUGAGGGAAGACUAGGAAAACCUCCACUAGGUCAUCCCCUUGCAGCUGGAGUUCGAGGGAGCGUGGUGAGUCGGGAAGGAUGAACGUCCGAGAGAGACCUAGUGCUGUUUUGUACGUGCCAGCGAAGAGCUCAACCUUUUCCCCGUUCUCGCCACAGAGAAUAGCCAAGAAGCU